AUGGUGAAUAUCGUUGAAGAAUCAAGUAACCCUAGCCAUACAUCUACAAGGCAUAUCUCUCACUCCUCUCCUCAAUCGAAUCUUCCAGUGAAAAGGAAGUAUAACAACGAUCCUCUUGUGAUUCAUCCGGCGGAUCAUCCAGGACUUACACUUACGACGGCAGUUCUUACUAGAGAAACUUACUAUGGGUGGUGCCAUAGCGUCCAACUCGCAUUAUCUGCAAAAAUCAAGAUCGGCUUCAUUGAUGGAUCUUUUCCGAGGCCAGUGGAUCCUGAAGACGGAAGACAGUGGGGAAUCGUUGACUCCAUGGUCAGAGCAUGGAUGAUGAAUACGAUCGAUGUAAAGCUUCAAAGAAGGUUUCAGUCGACCAAGACCAGUCGUGAUCUGUGGUUGGAAGUGAAAUCAAGAUAUGAAGGGAACAACGGUCCGAGGAGAUACUAUUUGCAGAAAGACACCGUCAUCCUACAACAAGGAGGAAAUGAUCUUGAAGAAUAUUAUUCUAAGGUAAGUCUUCUUUGGGAUGAAAUGAUGAGUUUAAAGCCACUUAGGAGAUGUAGAUGUAGAGGAACUAAGACAGAUUGUGAUGGAUGCUUUCUUGAACAAGAGAUGUUACAAGAUGAUGAGGAAAAUAAAUUGUUACAAUUUCUAAUGGGACUUAAUGAACAGUAUGAAUACGUUAAGGAUCAAAUUUUGAUGCAAGAACCAUGGCCUGCUGUGUAUAAGGCAUUCACUAUGUUACAGAAUGUUGAAAAGAAGAACUACCUGAGGAAUGUUAAUCAAGAUAGUUCUAUGUAUGCAAGGGAGGGAAAUGAUAGGAAGAACAACAGUUCAGACAAGUCUAAGUCUAGGAAUGUGGUGUGUCUUCAUUGUGGAGGAAAAGGUCAGCUCAAGGAAAGUUGUUUCAAGAUAGUUGGAUACCCUGACUGGUGGAAACAACCAAAGGAAAGAUAA